AUGGGGCACCCUACCUCUUUCGGACAGCCGUCGUGUCUUGUCUGGCUAGCUGCGGCAUUCCUUGUUCUGGGGCUUUGCCUCGUCCAGCAAGGCGCUGGCAGACAGCGGCCUCACCAGUGGAAGAGCUCGGAAGCCGCUUUGAGUGUCAGUCCGGCAGGAGACAUCGUGGACAAGUAUUCUCGUGAUUCCACUGAGGGAGAAAACACUGUCUCAGAGGGGGAAGCUGAGGGCAGUCGGGGGGGUUCAUGGCUGGAGCAGGAGGGGGUUGAAUUAAGGUCGCCUUCACAGGACAGCCAGACAGGAACCUCGACCGCGUCCCCCACAGGCUUCAGAAGGUUACUCAAGCGUUUGCGUUUUUGGCGUCGGGGGAGUACACGCGNUAACAGGUAUCUAAGAUUUCUGGCCCCGUUCGAUUUGGUGACGAUCCCGGGGAAGCCAUUAGUUCAGAAAGCUAAGUCACGUAAUGAGGUUGGCUGGGUCAAAAAUCUGUUGUUUCUGCUUCCUCCAACUCAUGUCGAUAUGGAAACGUUUGUCGACGAGAUUGGUCGAUUUCCACAAGAGGACCGCCCCCUAGCUGAUGCCGCUCGAUUGUAUCUUACUGUUCAGGCGGUGAGGUUGGUAGCGCACCUCCAAGACGAAGGAGUGGUGCACGGGAAGAUAAUGCCUGAUUCGUUUUGUUUGAAGCGUGAGGGGGGCCUGUACUUGCGUGACUUUGGCUCUCUGGUGAGAGCGGGCGCAAAAGUGGUGGUGCCCGCGGAAUAUGAUGAGUAUACGCCGCCAGAAGGUCGUGCGGCCGCCCGAAGUCGUUUCGGCUCUGGGGCGACCACGAUGACGUACGCAUUCGACGCCUGGACACUGGGUUCGGUUAUAUUUUUAAUUUGGUGCUCUCGAGCUCCCGAUACAAAAUCGGGGUACGAAUACAGUGUCGAAUUCUUUUUUUCGAGGUGCCGGCGGGUGCCAGAGAACGUGAAACUUCUGGUUUACAAGUUGAUUAACCCUUCUGUCGAGGCCCGCCUGCUCGCCUUGCAAGCGAUAGAGACUCCGGAAUACAGGGAGAUGGAAGAACAGCUGUCCGCUGCUUCGCGCCUGUACUCAGGUGAUGGGACGUUGACAGGGGGAGACGAUGACAUGCCACCACUGGAAACGUGA